GCGUCACAUGCACGCCGAACUUUCGUGAUGCUGGCGAUGGUGGCGGGAGCGAACGCUUUCCUGCCCUCGACUUCUUCGCCUCUUGUCUCUCUCCGAGAUGCGAAGUCUCUUUGCAGAGUCAAUGGAGUGCAUAAGAUGGCUCUUGCCAGCCGCCUGCGCAUGAGCGACUCGGACCUUCCCUUGACUGACGCCGGGCGCCGUGAGCUCCGUGACUUAGAGGGCCAGUGGAAGAAUGUCUGCGUGCUCGGAGGAAGCCGUGGCGUUGGGCGGGAGAUUAUUUCGGAGUUGUCGUCAAUGGGUGUCAACGUGGUUGCUCUCGUGAGGAAGGAAGAGAGCAAGAAGGAACUUGAGGCUCUUGCUGGUGUCAAAGCGGUCGUCGGAGACGCCAAGGAGGCUUCGGACGUUAUCUCAGUUCUUGACGGAUGCGAUGCUUGCAUUAGCACCCUUGGUGGUGAGACUGACGGAGUGAGGAUCGAUUACAAGGGGAACAUGAACAUGAUCGAGAACGCUGGGAUCCUCGGAGUCACCCGCAUGGUGCUGGUCACCAGCAUCGGGUCGGGUGACAGCAAGGGCGCCAUUUCCAACGAGGUGUACGAGGCCCUGAAGAAUGCACUGGUCGACAAGACCAAGGCGGAGAACUUGUUGCUCAAGUACUACACCAACACGGACUACACCAUCAUCAGGCCAGGCGGACUCAUCACUGCUCCCUCCACAGGCAAGGCCAUCGUGACGGAGGAUAAGAUGGCGGCGGGAGCGAUUCACAGAUCGGAUGUUGCAAGACUUUGCGUCAAGGCAUUGUACUCCAAGAAGUGCUCGAAGAUGGUGCUGUCUGCGGUCGACCCCUCACUCUCCAACCCACCUGCCUCCUACAAGCCCUUCGAGUUGUGAGUGGCCAACUUCAGAGGCAUGCGAGCUUGGCGGUUUUGUCAUAGGGGUAAAGGCGAGCAACCAGAGGCUGUAAGUUUCUGACAAGAGUUUUGUUUUCAACCAAAGGAAUUCAUUAAAAUAUUCACAUCUAUC